AUGGAAGAUCAUAAUUCUCACAUUACGGAAAGUCUUGAUUCUAUCGUUAAUGAAUGGUUACAAAAAGCGAAUGAAAAUGAAGCCUCAAAAAUUUCGAUGCUCGAAAAUAAUAAUGAAACAAAAGUGUCAUUAUUUGAAACUAUUAGUGGAAGUGUUGAUAAUAAUCCCUCAUUAAAAUUGGAAAUAUUGACAGAAACACUUCAAUUACACGAAAUUAUCAGCAACCCAUUAACUCCCUUAGAUUGUUCAGAAUUUGGAUCUGGUGAAAAGAUUGAGAUCUUAAGAAAAUGUAUAGAAGAUCUAACGAAAUUGGAACUUUUCGAAAUUGAUAAAAAUAUCAAAGACGUUAAUAAUGUGCAUCCUGAUGCAAGUUACAUGAGUCGAUGUAUCAGCAAUGAUACUAAAAUUAUAGAAGACACAGAAUUUUUGGAGUUACAUGCAGAAUGG